GUGUGAUGUAAACAAGGAAGUCGGUGGUGAAAUAGAAAGGUUUAAGUCUGUGAGGAGAUCACACGGAGCAGGAACACUUAUGGAAGUGGCACUGGUUUGGUCAUUUCUCUUCUCUGCCACAUAAUCAUUGCAGAGCUCCUGUUUCAUGCCUCAUAUAAGCCUACAAAAUGGAGGAGAGACACAAAAGGAUUCUCCAACGCAAUAGGGUCAAUCUCGUGAGAGACCUGAACCCAUCAGAUAUGUAUGAUGGACUUCUGUCAAAAGGAAUCUUUACUCAAGACAUGAUCGACGAGAUAAAGAGAUCAGGAACCAGACGAGACCAAGCCAGACAGUUGGUUCGAGACCUGGAGACUCGUGGGAGUCGGGCAUUCCCAGCUUUAAUAGAGUGCCUUCGUGAGAAAGGGCAGCACAGCCUACCAGAUCUCCUCUUGGCGGGGGAACCACAGAGCCAGCCUCUACCUCUGCCUGUCCAUGUCCGGCCAGUCGUUAGGCCUUUGCCAGUUUACUCUCAUAUGGACACUGUAGUAACCCCUGUCUAUCCAAGUCAACCAGUUAGGCCUUUGCCUAUUACCCCUGUCUAUCCAAGUCAACCAGUUAGGCCUUUGCCUACGCCUACCACUCCCAGUUUAUCCCCUGAAAGGGAGUUUGGAAAACCCAGGGCACCAGGAAGAGUUAGACGUGACAGCAGUAUUCAGAGUUAUAAGAUGGAUGCCAGCCCCUGUGGACACUGCCUGAUCAUAAACAAUGUCGAUUUUGAGCCUCAGUCAGAGCUGAAUAACCGCACAGGGUCCAACAUAGACUGCGACAAACUGGAGAGAAGAUUUAAAUCCCUUAACUUUAUUGUCCUUGUCAAGAGAAACCUGAAACAGAAGCAAAUAAGGCAGGAGCUAUCAGCUUUGUCCAAGAAGGAUCAUUCACAAUAUGAUUGUUGUGUGGUGAUCAUGUUAUCACAUGGGACGGAGGUAAGUCACAAUCGCUUCCCUGGUGCAGUGCAUGGAGUGGACGGGCCCAAUGUCCCAGUUCAGCUCAUCACAAACUACCUCAAUGGUCAGAACUGCCCUUCCCUACAGGGCAAGCCCAAGCUCUUCUUUAUCCAGGCCUGUGGGGGAGGUGAGAGAGACACAGGCUUUGAGGUGACUCCUGACGAGGAUAAGCCUUGUAUUGGAGGAACAGAUGACCAGACGGACGCCAUGCCCAUGUCCUCCAGCAGUGACUCUCUGAGCACUCCGUCUGAUGAGCCAGACACUAGGGCCACACUGCCCACACCUAGCGACAUACUGGUGUCCUACUCCACCUUCCCAGGUUACGUCUCCUGGAGAGAUACACAAGCUGGCUCCUGGUAUGUAGAAACACUGGAUAACAUCUUAGAAGACAAUGCUGCCGCUAAUGACCUGGUCACCAUGUUAAUGAUGGUAAACCAUGAAGUUUCACAAAACUCAGCCAAAGGCCUCUACAAACAGAUGCCUGGUUCCUUUAACUUUCUACGCAAACUUCUCUACUUUCAAGUCCCACCCUGCCAGAGACCAAUCCAGGCAUGACAGCACUCUCAGGAAAUAUUUGUCUCUUCAUGUGCCAUUAAAAAAAAUAUCCUCUAUCAAUGUUUAUUUGGAUAUGUGAACAAAAGGACCAAGAUUGGAAUUGUAUGUUUGUUCUUUUAAAAUGUUAUUUAUUUUCUUGUUUUUACACUCAAUGUUUUCUCUUACAAGAUUGCAACGUCUUUGUGACAAUCAAAAACAUUGUAAUCAGUAAAAACCAAUGGUUUUCCUUGAAGCGCUCUGCAAAAUAUGAAUCGGUACUGCACCCUCUAUAACCACUGUGAUUAUUAUUUGACCCUGCUGGUCAUCUAUGAACAUUUGAACAACGAUUUGGCCUUAAUGGCCAUGUACUCUUAUAAACACCACCUGGCACAGCUAGAAGAGGACUGGCCUACCCCGCAGAGGCUGGUUGCUAGCUAGGUUUCUUCCUAUGUUCCUGCCUUUCUAGGGAGUUUUUCCUAGCCACCGUGCUUCUGCAUUUCUUGCUGUUUGGGGUUUAGGCUGGGUUUCUGAAUAACCACUUUCUGCUGAUGUAAAAAGGACUUUAUAAAUAUAUUUGAUUUGAUUUGACGACCUUUACUUUUAACCAGAACAUCUAUUGUUUAUAAUAUGUUGUUUUCAUCUUGAGUGAUUUAGUUUUAGGUGAAUGGGUGUUUAGUGAAUGGUUAUUAAUGUACUAUAGCUGAACGUUGUGAUGUCCAAAUGUAAUUGUGUAAUGCUCUGUUCUGGUUGUCUUUCUACACAGUUUUUUUAAUUUGAAGGUUACCGUUGCAUUCACUCAAUUUAAUGAGAUACUGUAGAGUUGACUGACUCACUAUGUCUGUAGCCUUAGUCAAUUGUCAUUUUUAGCUCAGUUGUCCAUUGCCCGAAUCUAACGAUGCAAACGCUAGAAUCUAUCAUUGGAGUAUCUUGGCUGGAAGCCAUGCACAUUUGGCUGCACUAGAGGAGAGAGCUUCUUGGGGAAAGAAUUCACACCUAGAUAUAAAUAUAGUACUGCCAAUGUCUCUAUUACAUUUGAAUACUUCACACAGUAGAAGUUGAAGGAUAUAAUGGUAAGUGUCCAAUAGAUGGAGUCUGUGAGUCAGAUGUUGAGGAUUUGGUCUGUGUACAUACCAUACACAGACCAAAUCCUCAACAUCUGACUCUAUGACACCAAACAGUGUUUCCCGAUCUGUGGUCCACAAUACAUAAAAACCCAUCUGUAAUGCUGGAUGAUUUUCAUUUAUAUUCCAAAUCACACCAUUGUGGAUUGAGUCCCGCAACACAAAUAAUCCUUUGUGAUUCUUGAAUCCAAGAGAAUAAUAAUAUAUUUCUUUUAUAUAGUGCUUUUCAAUACAAACAAACACAAAAACAGAUGGCAGAUUAUUGGGUGUUUGGCUUGCACAGUUUAAGAUGAUAAGGCAUCGAGGCAGUAUGGAAAAGCAGUUGCUUGAGGUGGGGGAGCAUAGAUAGUAGGCCUACAGCCAGGAGAAAUGUCAGUCAGGCCACAAGAGCUCUUCCUCUACGAUGUUCAGCUCAUCUCUGUAGGUAGGCUGGAUCGUCAACUCCCCAAAGUGUAUCACCCGCCUGGGUGACGCUUCGGCGACUGUAAAAGCGCCAGAUAAGACCACCACACCUUGGUAGUAUCCAGGAACAGUCCUUUCAAGUUUUAUUAGUCGUAUGUACAGUAUACACAUGGUAUACACUGAACAAUAAAAUGGUUACUUGCAGGUUCCUUCUUGACAAUGCAACAACAAUAAGAAAUAAUAAAAGAUACAAUCACAAACAUAAAGUCAAAGGCAGUAGAAUAUAAUAAACAUUUUAACAUAAGUAUAAUACA